AUGGGGGACGCAAACGCCGUGCAGAUACUACGCCCGACGAGAAGCCGGAUAUGGGUCGACUUCCCCUGUGAACAGAGUGCAAUCUGGAAGGAGCUGAUGGAUACCGAUUUUGUGACCGAACGCCAUUUCACACCGCUGCUCGCAUUGAAAGAAUACGGCAAAGGACUACGGGAGACGAUGACAAUGUCGCGGCUAGAUGACCCAGGGACGGUCGAAUCGCGAGUCGCUUCAAUCAUCAAGCAGCUACACGCGAGUCCCCAAUUUCGACGACGGUUUCGUCUAAAUGGCACCGUCAUGUUUGAAAACCACGCAGACACCCUGACGGACGAGAGGGACAUCGUGGCAGAUACGAACGCCCUGAGCUUGACCCAGAAGCAACCACGUCGUUCCAACCGCUUAGCCACGGAAUCGGGCAGUGUCUACCACGCGACUCAUAAACCAGAGAGAAAGUCAGGCGGUCACGCAACCAAGGAACUCCCGGCCGCGAGCAGAUCAAUUCUGUAUCUACAAUAA